CCCGGCCACACCCACUUCCACUGAGCUGAGGUUUUCACUCCGGUCCGCAAGUUCCCUAUAAGAGGAAGCUGCUUUCUCAGAGACGUUAUUUCUCUUUAGAACACCAGUCUCCCUUUCACUAUGUCUGGACGUGGCAAGGGCGGGAAAGGGCUCGGUAAAGGCGGCGCCAAGCGCCAUCGCAAAGUCCUCCGUGAUAACAUCCAGGGCAUCACCAAGCCCGCCAUCCGCCGCCUGGCCCGGCGCGGGGGAGUGAAGCGCAUCUCCGGCCUCAUCUACGAGGAGACCCGCGGCGUGCUGAAGGUGUUCCUGGAGAACGUGAUCCGCGACGCCGUCACCUACACGGAGCACGCCAAGCGCAAGACCGUCACCGCCAUGGACGUGGUCUACGCGCUCAAGCGCCAGGGCCGCACCCUCUACGGCUUCGGCGGCUGAGCUCACCAAGUCUCUUCUCCUUAAAGGCCCUUUUCAGGGCCAUC